UUUUGUGAUCUAUGCACAGGUCACCAUCGUUGGAUACACACUUGGAAUUCCAGAUGUAAUAAUGGGUAUAACUUUCUUGGCCGCUGGCACCAGCGUUCCCGACUGCAUAGCUAGUCUCAUUGUCGCACGUCAAGGCCUGGGGGACAUGGCUGUCUCGAACACGAUUGGCAGUAAUGUGUUUGAUAUUCUGGUUGGACUCGGCGUUCCCUGGGGCAUCCAGACGAUGGCUGUCAACUAUGGAUCUGUGGUUCAAAUCAACAGUAAAGGAUUGGUUUACUCUGUUGUCCUUCUGCUGGGCUCAGUGGCUUUAACUGUUUUGGGCAUCCACGUGAACAGAUGGAGGUUGGACUUUAAGCUGGGCAUCUACGUACUCGUGCUGUAUGCCGUCUUUCUCUGCUUUUCCAUCUUGAUUGAAUACAACGUCUUCACGUUCGUCAAUCUCCCCAUGUGUCAAGAUGAACUGUAGACCAGAAGGUUUUCGCAGGCUUGGAACCAAAAUACCUCCGGGUUGGACCCACACCCACUAAACAUCACCCCAAAUCACCAGUGAUUCUGCUGUUUCCUGUAAAUGCAGUUCCUCAAACAGGUUAAUCUAGUUACUGUUAAAUAAAACCCUCUGUCUUCUGCUGCAUGUCCUCACCACUGUGGUUCAGAUGGAGGGAACUCUUUGGCUCUGGUUUAAAACUCUCUCCUUCAUUUCCAGGAAAUGAAAUUCUCCUUGGCAGCUCUCUUUAUAACUGGAUAAUCUACUUUUUUGGGACAAUCAAGAUGCAGGCCUGAAGUCUUUACUGGAUUAUUCAGUGCAGGGGAUUCGAAUUUACUGCACACUUACUGUACACGCAUCACGAAUCGCACAUACGCCAAUGACAAAUAAAUGCUGCUCAUUCCCAUAUGCAUUAGCGAUUUCCUGUACAUUCUCUAUUUUCUGUCUUCCCUUGAGACAGUAUGAACAUUAAACAUUAUGCACUUUCUGUACGGCAUAAAGCAUCAUCAAAUUUAUUUAUGAAACUAAAAAAAGUGUGGAAAUAUAAAAGUACGCCCUUAAUGUGUCGCCAUUGACUGACAUUAUAUGACUGCCCUUGGGCAUGAAGAUUUCAUCAGCUUGUUAGACGCAAGAAACCUUCCGCGCUAAAAACAAGAGGCUGUUACAGCAUGGAUUUUAUAUUCUGUAUAGAUCACGCAGUGGGGAGGACAAGAUGUUAUGGAAUUCUGAUGAGCUUGACGAAAUAUCCUGCUGAGAGCUACUGGCAAGUGGCCAUCGGCGAGGUCAUCGAGGGGACCACUUCUAACACUCUGGAACAGAAGCUCUCGAAUUUGGACAUGUUUUGGUUUUCCCUUAAUCAUUCUAACCAAUGAAUCGAACCAAUCACGAAAGCACACAUCAAAAGCUGCUCCGCACCUCUCGUUCAGCCCAGAGCGGACAAUCCUCAGGAGAGCUCUCUGCUCCUUUUGCGGUGUGGAAGAUGAGACCGACAGCUGUGGCUGCUUUAAUAUUUCACACACAAACAUACGGACAACAUCACAAACAGGGAUCCUGGAUUUUGCAGACGUGCAGCGAGUCGGCGCGUUUGUUGUUUAUAUGUAAAUAUGACAUCAGUGAUCCUGUUUGAACCAGUGCUUCCUUACAGAGGACGGGAGGGGGUGUACCUAUGUAUGUGACCGAAGUGGUCACUUUUUCUUUAUUUACAAUGCACCCGAACCUCCCUGUCUGGAUCUUUCUUACUGUUUGCGUGUAAUGCAUGAUUUGACACAAAGAAGCCAUUUUUGCGGCAGGGCGUAAGCUUUGUGAGCUCGAUGUAAAAGUCCCUAUAAGGGUGAAUCUCAUGAAAACGUGUUCAGGUCCCAGUUCAGCCCUAAAUCACGAGGACAAAUUGUGAAACUGUGCUUUGCAUUAGAAAAUUGCGUUUUCAAUGGAUUUUGAUUUGGUUCAUGUGGCAUUAUUUUUAUGAUAAUAAUAGCACUCAAUUAUCUUAGUUACUGCAUCUGGUUUUGUUAUAAUUUUUUGUAAUUUGCGUCAUUUAAAAGAUCAGAUUUUCAGAUUGAUUUAAUACAGUAAAAUAUUACAACACAUUGUAUAGGGUUACUACCAAUAGGGUUAAAGUCCUCAAAUUUCUAUAUUUUUAUUUUAGCUCGAAGCGUGACCUGGACACGUUUUUGACACUUCCCAUGAGAUUCACCCAUACAGUAGCUCAAUGGCAGCUAUCGAACCUCCAUUUACUCAGCUGUGUGCGCGCUCAGGAGAUCUCAACUUGAGCAUGGGGGACAGGGGAAGGGUCUUUGUGUUUUGUCAGUCGUAGAAACUGUCUUUGUUAAGUGCUAAGAGGUGCCGUCGCUGUUGUCUGUGCAGAAAGGCAGGUGUUGGAGUAUUUGAUGUACACAGUAUAUAUGAUAUAUGCAAUCUCAGUUGGUGAGGAGACGGAAUACUGGGAAUUAUAUUUUCAUAGAUGAGCCAUGUUUGUGAAAGCUGCUGAAAUCGUCCACCGCUGUUACAUGUGCAUGCAUACUCAUUUAAUCUCACAUCACAUAGUUGCCAUUGAAUGUCGACUUAAGUUUUGUGGUUACGUGCUGUGUGGAAUGACGGUGAUGUCGUGAUGUUUUCGUUUCUGUGGUGUUAAUAAGUGGUGACCUGUAAGAUUAGCUAAUAUGGAAACGCUGUACGGAUGCUUUCGUAGGUGCACUGAAAUCUUGUUCUUAGGCCUGGGUGUAUAGUUAAAAGAGAGAGGCUGGGUUUUCUUCCCAUCUUUGAUGAUUUGGUGCCAGUAAAUUUGUUUUUCUGUUUGAUGUGUUUUUCCAUCGUUUUGAGGCGAGACAUCUCUUUUGACCAGUGCAAUAGACAGGAAAUGUGUGCAUUUAAGAGAUUUGUUUGAAUUUACACUGAAGGCAUUUGUCAGCUCUAUAUCCUUAAAGGGAUACUUCACCCAGAAAUGAAAAUUCUGUCAUCAUUUACUCACCUUCGAGC